GUGCCUGAAAGUCUGAUACAAAAUGGGAAGGCUAUGGUGCUCAUUAGGAUUCAAUCACAUACCACCAUUGCAAAGUUGUAUAUGUGGCAAAAUAGAAAUAAAUUUUAAAAACGAUCACCACAAUUUUUCUAGGAUUUGACAGAAAAUAUCACGAAUGCGUCACAAUUGCUGCGUCAUAAUUGCACGCACGCCCUCAGCAUUGACGUCAGCUGUUGGGUGGCCAGUGUUAUUUCUGAGUUGAUGGUCCCAUAAAACAGGAAAAUUGAUAAUUUCGAAUUAGUGUACAAAAAGCGGGGCCACACGGAAUUAAAGUCAAGCUCUUUGUGUACUUAUUGAUAUAUCACCAUGAACCCUGAAUAUGACUACCUCUUCAAGCUGCUUCUGAUCGGCGACUCCGGCGUCGGAAAAUCAUGCCUACUUCUCAGGUUUGCGGACGACACAUACACGGAAAGCUACAUCAGUACGAUCGGAGUGGACUUCAAAAUCCGCACAAUCGAGCUGGAAGGUAAGACUAUCAAGCUGCAGAUCUGGGACACGGCUGGCCAGGAGCGGUUCCGCACCAUCACAUCGUCGUACUACCGCGGCGCGCACGGCAUCAUCGUCGUCUACGACUGCACCGACCAGGAGAGCUUCGGCAACGUCAAGCAGUGGCUGCAGGAGAUCGACCGCUACGCGUGCGACAACGUCAACAAACUGCUGGUCGGCAACAAGUGCGACCUGGCCACCAAGAAGGUGGUCGACUUCACCACGGCUAAGGAGUACGCCGACCAGCUGGGUAUCCCGUUCCUGGAAACCUCGGCCAAGUCGGCCACCAAUGUCGAGCAGGCCUUCCUGACCAUGGCCUCGGAGAUCAAGAGCCGCAUGGGCCCACAGUCGGCCGCUGAGCAGACGGCGGGCCGCGUCAACAUCCAGGAGGGACGGCCCAUCGAGGCCAACAAGAGCGGCUGCUGCUGAGCGACCAACGAUAGGUGAAGGGUCGCGGGGCCGGCCCGCUGGCACUGAUCGCCGCGCCGAGACGGAACAGCGGCUGGCGAGGCUCCGCCGGCAAGUACCGACGACGCAGCACCCCCGGGCCAGACGCGGCGCCCUCACACGGACACACAGGACACAGGACACACGCCGGACAUACAGGACACACGGCGGACACACCCGGACACACAGGACACACACGGACACACGGCGGACACUGAGACACUAGGGGCGGACAGAGAGAGGACAUAUCGGUCUGCAAGGCCCUACGACGGACGCUAGUUUAGUAAACAUCACAAAAUGGGACGGGGACACAUCAAGAUGCAACUAGGAAAUAGAACAUCCGCAACCGCGCACAUCCUGACUGACUCACUGAUUUACCGACUGACUGACUCACUUACUUACUGACUCGUACCCCCCUCCGGAGACUCGCGGCACGCGGAGGUACAUUUAGGCACUCACGCUCGGUUGUCCACAGAUAGUUUAUAACCGGCUGCGCGUGACCAGGAGCGCGCGGCUCCUCCCUUCUCUAAACACGGACACAGCCACCGCCCUAGGUGUUGUGCGUGUACAUAUACCGAGACAGACUGCGUGAGUGUGUGCGCGCGUGACGAGUGUGAUCCGUGGUCGGCUGAGGCGAGUGGUGUGGACCGGCGAGUGAUCCCUGCGUGUGAGAGGUGCGCGGGCCCCGGCCGGCCGGCCGGAGCGCGGCGGCGCCGCCGGGCAGCGAGUCAGCCGAGUCGGCUUUACGGCAGAGUUUCUAUUAUUAUCUGAUUAUUGUGUCUGCUGGGCUAAUUUGGGGCGGUCUCCGGCGGUUUGUUUACUCUGGCGUUGUGCGUGAUCAAAUUAUGCCUGUUUUAUUCUGUAUAUGGUAGCGUCCUGUGUAGUGCGGGGUUAUUUAUGAGAGUGUCGUCGCAGAGAGCACGUCCCCUGGUAACGGCGGCCCGCCCGCCGCUGCUGCUGCCACCUGCCGGUCGGCGGCGGAGCGUGCAGUGCGCGCGGCGGCCGCCAGUCGGCGCUGGUGUAGGCAUUCCACGACGGAGAGAGCACGGGACGGGCGCGGUACGGGAGACACCAGGACAGAGGGGCCGCCCCGCACCAAUCAGAGCCGACACCGGCGUACGACAAAUUACAGAUGAUUGUACACAACGUGCUUGCUUUGUACACAUGUCUCAUUAAAUAAAUUAUCCAAAUGUUUGUUUUAUUUCACUAUAGUGGCGUUGAUUUUGCUAGACAUUGAAUACGACAUUCUACAGAA